AUGAGUUCUACGUCUGAACGGAAUUCUAAUCGUAUAGAAUCAGAUGAACUGAGAACGUCUCUGGCUAACAACGUAGUUAACUAUGACCCAAUUCGAAUCCGGCAAAACCGCAAACCUGCUCCGACAAUUGCCACUGGUCGACGACCCAAACAUUUUGUUCUCGAAGGUGAAGAAGCCAUCAGACGCGAGCAACGACGUGAAAAGAAUCGUGAAACAGCGCGUAAGCUGAAAGAAAAACGGCAACUGAUCGAAGAAAAACUCGACCAAAAGCUGAAAGAGCUCAAAGGUGAAAACUCCGACCUUGAAACUCGUAUUCAGCAACUUCAACAGAAAAAACGAGUAUUGGAAGAAGAAAUCAAUAGUUUUCCCGCCGAUCCCCUACAUAGCUUAUUAUCCAACACAAAUACGGAUGCAAAUUCACUCUUAUUCUUUGAACAAUUGUCCGAUGAUUCGGAUUUUUUUGAUGACACGAUCGACAAGAUCCUAUUUUCCAGUACGGAUGUGUGUCAGCAUUCGAUCUAA